AUGCCACUUUCCAAACCCAAAGACCCUCUCAUCAUUUCUUCGUUCCCGUUAGUCCUCUCUCUCUCUCUCUCUCUCUCUCUCUCUCGAUUUCCCCGUCCCAUCUUUGUUUCAGAAAGCGCUCUUCACAAACAAGAAAAUCUCUCUCUCAGCUUCCUCGAAUUCUCUUGUAUAUUGCUUUCAUCAAUUUUUUAUUUUUAUUUUUUUGUUUGUUUUUUGUUGCCUUUCGUCUGUUUUCUGGAAGCAGUUGUUUCGAGAUGACCGCAGCAGAGCUCCUCGACAUCGAACCUCUCGAGCUCAAGUUUCCCUUUGAACUGAAGAAGCAGAUCUCUUGUUCUCUUCAAUUGUCCAAUAAGACUGACAAUUAUGUUGCUUUCAAGGUCAAGACAACAAAUCCAAAGAAGUAUUGUGUCAGGCCGAACACUGGAAUCGUCCCGCCCAAGUCCACAUGUGAUGUUAUAGUUACUAUGCAAGCUCAAAAAGAGGCUCCGCCUGACAUGCAAUGCAAGGACAAAUUUCUCCUUCAGAGCGUUGCUGCGGGUCCUGGUCCAGUCUCAAAGGAUAUUACGCCAGAAAUGUUUAACAAGGAAGCUGGACAUCUCGUUGAGGAGUGCAAAUUGAGAGUGGCGUAUGUUUCACCACCUCAGCCGCCUUCUCCAGUUCCUGAAGAGUCAGAGGAAGGUUCUUCACCGAGGGCUUCUGUGUCAGACAAUGGGAAGUUGAAUGGUUCUGAGUUUGCUGCUCAGAUCACUAGAUCGUUCGCUGAACCUCAAGACAAAUCUGCAGAGGAAAAGGCUCUUAUUACAAAGUUGAUGGAGGAAAAAAAUAAUGCAAUUCAACAAAGUAACAGACUUCGUCAGGAACUGGAUCAGCUGAGGCAUCAAGGAAACAAAAGCCACGGUGGUGUUUCAUUCCUGUUUGUUAUUCUCGUUGGCUUGGUCGGUAUAAUUUUGGGGUACCUCGUGAAGAAAACGUGAACCUCCGCUUGGCAUAAUCUUUUCUAGAAACUUCUCUUCAUGUUGCCAUUUUCCCAAUUGUAAAAGAUGUUGAAGAACAGAAGGAUCGAUGAUUGGAUGUGGAUUUUGUUAGUUGUUAGCUUUGUUGAAUUAACAGUGGUCUAGGGUGGGUAAUGGGUUUGUAAUUGUGGACAACUCGUGAGUGUUGUGCGAUGACUUUGGGUUUUUGUUGACAUGCAUUCUUUUUGUAACUUAAAGAUUUCUCUCCUCAGUGGUUUUAAGUUUAGAGAUACAGUGCCUGGGAACUGUUCAUAAUUCUUCACAUGGUCGUGGAAAAAUAAAACUGUCUUUUGGACUUCCAAA